UCUAACCCUCACUAAACAUUUUCAAGAAUUGCUAUAGUUUAGCCUGAGACGUUUGUGAUUAGCUGCAGCGUUUGAAAUGGCCGGUUUGGAUACUGACAGAACCAGCACUGCUCGCGCUUUCUCGUGGUCUGGUUGAAUUUGUGCCUUUGUGGUCCCAUUACUUUAAAAAAAAAAAAGCAUUGUUGAAUAAAAACUAUUGUUUUUAUUUUAUCCCUUCCAUGAACGACAGACAUUAUCCUGAUUGACUUUGGUGUUCUUAUCUUGAUGGCAUUAACUGAAAAUUUGCAAUGGGCAUCCACAGCUAUCUCUGCAAUUUCAUAAAUGUGUCUCAAUAAAGAUUUCCUUGCAAAGCAUUAGGACAUUUCACCCAUGUUUAUCCACUUUUGCAGCCUGCUUUGAGAGUGUUCUGAGGGGCACAGAGAGUUAAUUUAAUCCAUGUUUUCAUUGAUACGUUAUUGAAGCUUGUACAGUAACAAUUGAUUCCUUACAGCAAAAUGGCAAGAGGUAACAGGUUUGCCGAAAGCUCCGUGUAUGAACCCCUUAAAAGCAUUAAUCUUCCAAGGCCAGAUGGAGAGAGUCUAUGGGAAAAGUUGGAUCGCUACUAUCGAAUAGUCAAAGCAACAGUGUUACUUUUCCAAAGUCCAACCACCGGUCUCUUUCCUACCAAAACAUUUGGGGAAAACCAAAGGGCAAAAGUGCACGACAGUCUGUACUGUGCUGCAUGUGCGUGGUCAUUGGCACUUGCGUACAGGCGCAUUGAUGAUGACAAGGGAAGAACCCAUGAGCUGGAGCAUUCUGCUAUAAAAUGUAUGCGAGGGAUUCUCUACUGCUACAUGCGGCAGGCUGAUAAGGUUCAACAGUACAAACAAGAUCCGAAGCCGUCCAAAUGCCUGCAUUCUGUUUUCGGAGCUCAUACAGGCGAUGAGGUUUUUUCUCAUGGGGAAUAUGGACAUCUUCAGAUCAACGCUGUGUCGCUGUUCCUCCUCUACCUGGUUGAGAUGAUCUCAUCGGGUCUGCAGAUUAUCUACAACACAGAUGAGGUCUCCUUCAUACAGAACCUUGUAUAUUGUGUGGAAAGAGCGUAUCGGGUGCCAGACUUUGGUGUGUGGGAGAGAGGAAGCAAGUACAAUAACGGCAGCACCGAACUGCACUCCAGUUCUGUCGGGUUGGCAAAAGCAGCCUUAGAAGCAAUUAAUGGAUUCAACCUCUUCGGCAAUCAGGGUUGCUCCUGGUCUGUCAUCUUUGUGGACCUUGACGCCCACAACCGGAACAGGCAAACGCUUUGUUCGUUGCUGCCCCGAGAAUCAAGGUCUCAUAAUACUGAUGCUGCACUCCUACCCUGUAUCAGUUAUCCUGCCUUUGCUGUGGAUGAUGAAGCUUUGUACAGCCAAACCAUUGACAAGGUGGUGAGAAAGCUCAAAGGACGAUACGGGUUCAAACGAUUUCUGCGAGAUGGCUAUAGAACUGCAUUGGAAGACAAAAACCGUCAAUAUUAUAAACCAGCAGAAAUUAAGCUCUUUGAUGGAAUUGAAUGCGAAUUUCCCAUCUUUUUUAUUUUCAUGAUGAUUGAUGGAGUGUUUCGAGGCAAUACUGAGCAAGUCAAAGAGUACCAGCAGCUUCUGGAACCUUUGCUUCAGCAAUCAGCAGAAGGCUAUCCUGUUGUACCCAAGUACUAUUAUGUGCCAGCUGAUUUUGUUGAGCUGGAAAAGAAAAAUCCUGGCAGUCAGAAGCGAUUCCCUAGCAACCAUGGACGGGAUGGAAAGUUCUUUCUGUGGGGACAGGCUCUUUACAUCAUUGCAAAGCUUCUUGUUGAUGGCUUAGUAAGUGCCAAAGACGUUGACCCGGUGAAGCGUUACAUCCCACCCCAAGAUCAACGGAACGUUAGCAUGAGAUACUCUAAUCAGGGUCCUCUAGAAAAUGAUGUCGUGGUCCACGUUGCAUUGAUUGCUGAAAGCCAACGCCUACAAGUUUUCCUGAACACGUACGGAAUCCAAACACAGACUCCUCAGCAGGUCGAACCCAUCCAGAUAUGGGCACAACAGGAGCUUGUGAAAGCUUACUUCCAUCUGGGGAUCAACGACAAACUGGGACUCUCGGGAAGACCUGACCGACCAAUCGGCUGCCUCGGAACAUCCAAGAUUUAUCGAAUCCUGGGCAAGACUGUGGUUUGCUACCCAAUAAUCUUUGAUCUGAGUGAUUUCUACAUGUCUCAGGAUGUUAUGAUGCUUAUUGAUGACAUUAAGAACGCUUUGCAGUUCAUUAAGCAGUACUGGAAAAUGCACGGUCGCCCAUUGUUCCUUCUCUUGAUUCGGGAGGAUAACAUAAGGGGAAGCAGGUUCAGCCCAAUACUAGAUAUGCUGGCCGCCUUUAGGAAAGGAGUUAUUGGUGGAGUGAAGGUUCAUGUGGACAGGCUGCAGACCAUAAUUUCUGGAGCCGUGGUUGAACAACUGGAUUUCCUAAGAAUCAGUGAAACGGAAGAGCCUCCGGAAUUCAAGAGUUUUGAAGAGCUCAAUCUCCCAAAACAUUCAAAAGUCAAGAGACAAACCAGCACGCCAAAUGUCACUGAACUGGAACAGCAGCCAGAUAUCAUUGCCAAUGACUGGAAAAACCGGCCGACUUAUGAGAUUCUCCAGAAACUGAAUGAUUGCAGCUGCCUCGCCAGUCAAGCCAUUCUGCUGAACAUUUUGCUCCAAAGAGAAGGCCCACAUUUCAUCACCAAGGAAGGCACAGUCUCUGAUCACAUUGAAAGAAUCUACCGAAAAGCUGGCAGCAAAAAGCUCUGGUCUGUUGUGCGCUUUGCAGCGAGUCUGUUAUACAAGCUAGUGGACAGCCUUGCACCGUCUAUUACUAAUGUUUUAGUUCAGGGCAAGCAGGUGACUCUUGGGGCAUUUGGCCAGGAAGAAGAAAUUAUCUCUAAUCCCUUGUCUCCGGGCGCAAUUAAGAACAUCAUCUACAAGAAGUGUAAUUUGCAGGACGAGAGGGAAGCUGUUCUUCAGCAAGAGCUUGUCAUUCAUAUUGGCUGGAUCAUCUCCAACUCCCCGGAAUUAUUUAACGGCAUGCUGAAGAUACGUGUGGGAUGGAUUGUGCAUGCCAUGAAGUACGAACUGAAAAUCCGUGCAGGGGAGAUGCCCCCCGUGGAUUUAUACCAGCUGUCACCCAGCGAGGUGAAGCAGCUUCUCCUAGAUAUUCUUCAACCGCAGCAGCAAGGGAGAUGCUGGCUGAACAGACGUCAGAUUGAUGGCUCCCUGAACCGAACACCCAGCGGGUUCUAUGACAGGGUGUGGCAAAUCUUGGAGAGGACCUCCAAUGGCUUAAUAGUAGCUGGGAAGUUUUUGCCACAGCAACCAACCUUAUCGGACAUGACUAUGUAUGAAAUGAACUUUUCCCUUCUGGUCGAGGACAUGUUGCAGAAUAUUGAUCAACCUGAAUACAGGCAAAUGAUUGUGGAGUUGUUGAUGGUUGUUUCUGUCAUUUUGGAAAGAAACCCUGAAUUAGAGUUUCAGGAUAAAGUGGACUUGGACAAGCUGGUGAACGAUUCAUUUCAUGAUUUCCAGAUGGACCAGAACAGGCUCAAAGGAAUGGAGAAACACGAUGACAUGACUGCCUUUUACAACACUCCUCCGCUCGGGAAGAGGGGAACCUGCAGCUAUCUGACGAAGGCAGUGAUGAAUGUAUUGCUGGAAGGGGAGGUGAAACCCAACACGGAUGACCCCUGCUCCAUCUGCUGAAGCAGGCUGGACCUUGGUGGGCGUGACAGUGUGUGUUUGAGAUUCUGGCCGCUGUUCGGCAUGCCGUGUUUGGUUCCUCAUUAUCAGUCACGUUGUUGGACUACAACUCCCAUCACCCCCAGAAACACGGGCCAGACUACAACUCCCAUCAUCCCCAGCUGCAUUGGCAUGGACUCAGUUCCUGCAGGGCGCUAGUAAGGUUAGAGCUAGGUGGAUGCAACAAUGUGUGUUUGAGAUUCUGGCUGCUGCUUGGGAUGGGAGAAUGACAGGCAAACCCAUUUGGGGUAGUGUUUCAAAUGGUCCCUCUGAGCCGCUCAGAUAUUUAGAUUAGGAAAGCACACAUCUGAUUCUGUGCCAGACGAAAAGCAUAUUUAAUCAAGCAGCAUCACCCCCUCCGUAUGUCUCCAGAGGCAACCUGCCCUUUCCACCUAAGCAUUGCAGCUGCACGUUGGCACAUGAAUGCACAGAAUGCGACGUAGUUCACGCUGAUUGAGACCUUGGGAUAUUUGAGGGGGGGAAAUUAACUGGGUUUGUAUUUAUAGUUCAGCGUUGCUUUAAAAACGGUUGCGGUGAGCAAUGUAUUUGUGUAAUAGUGGAUUAAAUGUUGCGCUGCAAAGUUGA